CUUCUUUUCAUAACAUGUCAUCCAAAAGCAUAAGAGCAUAUUUCCAAGCUCUCCAUGAGUGAAGUCCCGAAGCUACGUCAAUUUAUUUGGAAGAGAGCGAGCAACGGAAGUUGCCGAAAGGACACUCCUUUAUUCGAUUCCAAAUACCACUAUGUAUAUUGGUCAGUAAGAGUCGUAACUACUCAAAACCAAGCUUCAUUGCGUGCGUAGAAAAGAAUAGUCCCCGUAUAUAAACUUUUAUUUUUAUUUUCUUUUAGACUGGGUAAUUAAAUGUCUUAUAUAACGUUGGCGAUCUGGGAUCAUUUUCGAUGUACGCUUCUAGUAUUGGUACAAGAACUGUACGCUAAAGUACCUACUACUAGCGCCUAACACAGGCACUCGUUCAAGUAUCUCCCCUGGUACCCGUUAGGACCCCACUUCCAUCACUAACCUCACCUUGCUGUGGUACAAAAAAUAUAUCCACAGUACGGGCUCAUCAGAAAUGAUCUGCUGCACGCAGGCAUCAUGAAUUGAUCAGGCUUCUUUGGCACUCUAUUGUAAAGCCGCCGCCUUGAUACCAGCCGUGACAAUAGCUGUGGGCGCAGCUGCAACUCCGCAAAUACUCCCCGAGCUGGGUAUCAUCACUUUUCUGUUACACCAUCAUGGCUUCACGGACAACUUAUAUACCUCGAUUCCUCCUCCCCCAGUACAGUCCUAUGUGGCGGACUGCCACUCGAUCGGCCGCACUUGCGCGGGCUCUUAAUGUUGAGGUUGGUCAAGUUAUGGUUCGUUAUGCCUCCAACACGGCAGCGAGGCGGCCCGCCGUCGCAAAGGACGCCCUGGCAAAAGUCGCAACCCAAAGAGCUGCAUCGACUAAAGCAGGCGCCGCGACGAAAGCAGCAAAAGCUUCCGCGCCCACGAAGGCGCCCUCAAAGCAUGCCGCAAAGACAUCCGCGUCAAGUUCUCGGCAGCCUGUAGAUCCUAAAACAGCCCCUGCGCCUACGUCCACUACUCCAGCACCUUCAACUGAAAAACCUAGAGUUCAGGCUGCUGCGCCGAAGACUGCCGCUGCUCCUCCAAAAGCCGACCCCUCGAAACCUAUUGUACUGGAGAAGCCAGAACGCUUCAACCCGCCGUCGCAUGGCUCCCGACUCCCUCGAUCAACGCCGAGGCACUAUGGCGGCUCCAUGACGGCGGAGGAAGUCAAGCUACAGAGCCGGAGGACAUAUCCCGGCCUGCCGCCCCCGCCAAACACCUGGUCGCAUUGGUUCAUUAACAACCGGGGAAUACACAUUUUCAUCACACUCGGCACCUUGACCUCCCUAGCUCUGUUCACCUUCGCGCAAAACUUCAAGGCCAAGUCGCCCUUCGCGGAUCUGGUCCCGCCGAUAUCCGAGUUCCCCCGGCAUCCGUUCCAGUACAUCGGUGUCUGCCUUGACGUGCUGCGCAUGCAUGAGGAGCACGAGUCGGCGCAGACGGCCGAGAAGCGUCGUCGCAAGGUCGAUGACAUCGCCAAACGUGAAGAGUACCGCAAGGCCCACGGCCUCGAGCCUGUGCGCUCUGGUUUUCUCGGGGCUAAGGCCGCGGAACCCGCUCCUUCGUCUGCGGUUGAGACAGUGGAUGACGCUUCGCCAGUCAUUGUGGUUGAGACGUUGGCUGCGGAGCCAAAUGCGACUGCUGAAUCCACAUCCGAGGGAAAGAGGAAAAAGUUUUUGGGUAUUUUCUAAUACCCUGCUAAGAGAACGUUUGUGCAUGCAAAUCCUAGCGUGAUAACUGCGGGAGUAUAAGGCUUUUUGAUCAGGGCAACACUCCCUGCUCUUGUAUAGUAUACGUGCAAAUAUGAUAUAAUGUACA